UAGAAGCAAGCAAAAAGCAGCCAGCGUGGAAGCUUUCCCGGCCGGCAGUGGUUAUUCAAGCCGGCGCGGCGUGUAGCAGCAAACCGGCAGCGCCUUGGAGCAGCAGUCUGGACCAGUGGGUCAUAGGCGCUGCGUGCGUGGCCACGACGUUCAUGACGGGUGCGACGUUGCGCACCAUAGGCUUCCUCUUCGUCAACUUCCUCUCAAAGUUUGAAGCCACCAGGCAGCAGACGGCGUGGUCCGUCAGUUUCACCUCAGCGGGUGUAGCGUUCUCAGGAGUCCUGUGCAAAUUCUUGCUGCGGUGGUCACCUCCUUGGCCAUUGAUAAUGGUCGGCUCGGCGUGCCAAUUGGCUGGGAUGUUCGGCGCGUACUGUGCCACAAAUGUCACUAUCCUGGCACUGACCUUUGGCCUCUUACAUGACGAAGAGUGUAACAGAUGUGUAAAGAAGAGGGAUAGGCGACUCAAGGGCACGGCUCGUUCUUCCCUCGCAUACUGCUCUACCUGGCGCAGGAUUCGGCUAUUCUUGGAUGAUGCUCUUUCUUUCGGGAGUUAUGCUCAACGUGCGGUGCUCUGCGUGCUGUUCAGGCCCAGACCAAAUCCCGAGGAAAACAACAACGUCUUGCCUACAACAACAGUGCAGAAAAUUUUCAGCGUCGAGCAGGGAGCCGGCAAGCUGAGCAACUCAGAAAACGUCGGAACACCAGUGCCUGAGUCAAUAUUUACCAAGCCCCUGUUUUACGUCACUGCACUGACGCACCUGAUCUUCUUCUACGUCAUCAAUCUCUUUGCCAGCAUAUCUGUGGACACGAUUCUAAGCAAAGGCAUUCCCGUCAUUCUUGCUAUUACCAUCGCACCUUCGGUGUCUGUGCUAGAUUGUGUUGGCCGCGUCCUGAUGCCGUUGGUGACUGAGAAGGGACACGUGAAGAGAUCGACCCUUGUAAUGAUGGACUACUUAUUUAUUGGCGUAGGAUUUAUCCUCAUUUCUUUUAUCCGGACUUAUCCUCCAAUGCUGGUCACGUGUCUCGGUUUUGGCGUCUUCAGUGGUCAUGCUAUUGCUGUGCACAACUCGCUCAUGGGUGAUGUUGUUGGAGCAGACCAACUGAACUUGAGCAACGUUAUUGUGACGUGCAUUGCCACAGUCCUUCCUUACGAAGCCUCUCCUUUUG